AUGUGGCUUAAGCACAGUUCUCACUCGAAUUGAUUCCAUCAUGUAUCGGCUAGUCGUUUACCUGCUCGCUGGCUGCCUGCUGCAGCUACUGGUGGCAGGAGAUUCAUCAUUGGAGGAGCAGUCGUCAGAGGAGACGACAGCCAUUUAUUUGGAGAAUUUUCCUGCUUUGUCCGCGGAGCUAAUGGAGCUGGCAGAACCUUCGGUGGAUGAGCAGAAUGUGAUGACAGCACAGAAGAUCAAUUGGAUGCCCGUGUGGCUUGAGCAGGAACAGGAUCAGGCAAGGCUUGCGCGUCAAUUGGUAGAAGAAACAAUCACGGAGAGGCAGGCUGCUCCAAUUGCAAGCACAGAGAAGGAGGUUCCUUCGAUUGCCAGCACCGAAAAGGUCUCCGCCAGCACCGAAAACCUCCUCUCUACAGCCAACAGUGAAGUCUCCUCCACAGAAGCGAUCCCUACCACCUAUCCCACCACAACGAAGAACACACUGGAGGCGCUACUGACCACACGUGAUACGAAAGAGUGUCCCAGCACUGCCCCACGUGGACUCACCAAUCUCAUACGCGUGGCACGACCUGUUUUGCCUGCUGCCGAGCUGCGCAACAUUUUUGCCAAUGCCGUUGAAGAUCCCCAGGUGAAGGAGCUGCUGCAACUACUCAAGAGCAAAGCCUUCAAGGAGCAGGUGGCACUUUUGCGUGCCACCAAGCAGCAUCAGUUGCUGCAGGACUAUAUCUGUCGUCGCCUGAAGCUGGAUCCCGCCUACUACUUUGAUUAUGUGCGAGUUUUCCUCAAUAUUCACACCACAGAGGCGCCCACCAGUCCUCUGCCGAAUCGUCGCAAGGGCAUACGUGGCCUGCUGCAGGAUGUGCGGGAUGUCCUGCCGCGCACCGCUCUGAGGGAUCUCUACUUGCGGAUGUACGCCUCGGAUGCGGAGCUCUCCAGUGCUGUGCGUCUCAUCCGCAGCUUGGAGUUCCGUCAGCUGCUGCGGGAUGUUCGCUCCUUGAAGGAGUAUCGCGGCUUGACCGAGGAUCUGGAGAAGGCGGGUGUGCCCCUGCGACAGAUCCAGCAAUUGGUGGCAAGUGCCUUGGGUUGGGCCAGCCUGGAUGCCACUUUGGGGGCAGAGACUGUCAUUUUUAGUGAGUAAAAUGGGAGAAGGAAGGGAUUUUUUUUUGGAAUUUUUAUAUUUUCUCUUUUCUGUUUUGUAUCU